AUGGCAGCCUUCAACGGGCACUUGGAAAUUGUUCACUCUUUGCUCGGGGCUGGAGCUGACAAAGAGGCAGCAACGAUGGAUGGGGCAACGGCUUUGUUGGUGGCAGCCCAGAAGAAUCACUUGGAAAUUGUGCGGCUGUUGCUGGAGGCUGGAGCUGACAAAGAUGCAGCAAACAGAUUUGGGGAGACGGUUUUGAUGGUUGCAGCCCAGAAAGGCCACUUGGAAGUUGUUCGCUAUUUGCUUGCUGCUGGAGCUGACACAGAUGCAGCAAAGACAGAUGGGACAACGCCGUUGCUUAUGGCAGCCCAGAACAAUGACCUGGAAAUUGUGCGACUGUUGCUUGAGAUGGGAGCUGACAAAGAUGCAGCAAGAACAGAUGAUGGGGCAACGGCUUUGCUGAUGGCAGCCCUGCACGGUUACUUGGAAGUUGUGCGAUCGUUGCUCGAGGCUGGAGCCGACAAAGAUGCAGCAACGACAGAUGGGACAACGCCGUUGCUUAUGGCAGCCCAGAACAAUGACUUGGAAGUUGUGCGACUGUUGCUUGAGAUGGGAGCUGACAAAGAUACAGCAAGACCAGAUGAUGGGGCAACGGCUUUGCUGAUGGCAGCCCUGCGCGGUUAUUCGGAAGUUGUUCGAUCAUUGCUUGAGGCUGGAGCUGACAAAGAUGCAACAACCACGGGUGGGGCAACGGCGUUGUAUAUGGCAGCCCAGAACAACCACUUGGAAGUUGUGCGGCUGUUGCUCAACGCUGGAGCUUACAAAGAUGCGGUAGCAGCGCCCGAUGGGACAACGGCUUUGAUUAUGGCAGCCUACAACGGCCACUUGGAAGUUGUGCGAUUGUUGCUCGAGGCUGGAGCUAACAAAGACGCAGCAACAACUGACGGGGAAACGGCUUUGUUGGUGGCAGCUCGGAAGAACCACAUGGAAGUUAUGCUCUUGUUGCUUUGCUAAGAUAGACAGAUGGGCCCUUCGUUUGUUUCCUUUGUAUUUGGGAUGUGUUGGGUUUCGGUUACUGCGGUCCGUCACGAGAUGUGGUUCAUGUAUAUAGGAGCAGAGGACAAAGAUCGGCCAUGGAGCGUAUGGAGGCUGGAAAAAGAGGCGCCCUGGAAGCACGACAGUCAGAAUCUGCAACUUCUUGCGCCCACUUCUUGUUUUGAUCAAGAGAGGUGUCACCGAAACUGUAUACUUCAGGUGUCACCUCAGUGCAUCAUUUGUUCUUGACACAGGCAGAGGUGUCACACACGGACAAACACCGCUGACAAACACGCAGCUCGGCGUGGUAAAUCGAUGUUAAUUCAUCCACG